CCUUGGAAGUGAUAUUCGUGAUCACCGCGAAAUUCUCUAUCGAAUGGUGUAUGAAGUGUCGAAAAAUAAAUUUCACUGCAAGGCUGCCCUGGGUGCAUCUUACAAUGAAGGUAUUAUUUGGGAUCCAACAAUUUUGAUUGGACAUUUUGAAUCAAGAGUAGCAAAAUUUUUUGCUGCUUUUGCAUUUGCACUUGCUACACUCGGUACAAAUAUAUCAGCAAAUACCAUAUCAGCAGCGAACGAUCUUUCAGCUAUGUUUCCUAAAAUAUUUAAUAUUCGUCGUGGUUCAUUUGUGGCAAGUCUUUUAGCAUGGGUAUGUGUACCAUGGUAUAUACUUAGUAGUGCACAAGGUUUUCUUGCAUUUAUGAGUAGUUAUAGUGUUUUUCUUGGUCCAAUUGCUGGGGUUAUGGUUUCUGAUUUUUGGCUUGUUCGUCAUAUUGGUCGAAUUCAAACACCGGAACUUUAUCAACCACAUGGAAAAUAUUGGUAUUGGAAAGGAUGGCAUUGGCGUGCAUAUGUAGCUUUGAUUUGUGGUACAACACCUAAUUUACCAGGAUUCCUUCAGCAAAUAUCACAAUCAAUUAAAGUUGGUAAUGCUAUUUAUAUUUUUUAUGUUGGCUGGUUAAAUUCAUUUAUUAUUGGCUUAAGUCUUUAUUGGUUGUUAUGGAAAAUUUGGCCAGCACAUGAUAUAGGAGAGGCAAUACUUGUUGAUGAUGUCAUUGGUUCGAAUGAUGGUAUUGACAAAAAUAAACUUAUAAACGAUACUGUCGGAUCAGCUAUUGUAACGACGGAGAAGCACUCAGAAAAUACUGACCUCAUAAACACUGUUUUGUGA